AUGAGCAACCCCGCUAAAGGCGUCAAAUUUGUCGGCUCCGACUCUUCGGGGCUUCCCUUGAAGCGGAAGCAGGUUCUGCAGGCCUGCGAAUCAUGUCGCAGAAAGAAGAAACGCUGCAUCCACGGGGAACCUCCGCCGUUGGAGCCCGCCCAUGACGGGUGUGCGGGUUCUUCGCCGCCGGACAACGCUGGACAACAUGUCAUCGCCGGCACUAGUUCGCCAAGCAAACAUCGUCACUCAGCGUCUGUGAACGCUGAUGCCGUGCUGUCCACGACCCCUGUUCGCCGUGAAUCUGCCACGGCGGGCCAUUCGGAGCCAGCGCAGACUCCACAGACGCGCUUCGUUGGCGAUCUUAACCCGGAGGGCAUGUUCGCCGAGGCCGCCGACUCAGAUCCGGCCGCUAAUCCUACACAGAAGGCCGAGGUGGGUGUCUGGCUUCCGUCACUCAAUGCCGCUUCGGCACAGUCGACCACCUCCGUUGUUUCGCGUCCGUCGGCCAUUAUCGACAAGGUCUUGCUGCCUUAUGUCAAGCAGAAUUGUCUCACCUGUGUUCCACCGGAGAAGGACUAUAAACAUCUCCACAAGGUGUACCAAGAUAAGAUCCAUCCUAUUUUUGGCCUAAUCCCUGACGAGGCUUUGGAUGAUGGCGAUUCCCCAGCAGGUAUUGUCAUGCGACAAGUGGUAUGUCUGGCUGCUGCCACUGACCCUGACAUGAAGAGCCACUUGCGCCUCGCUACGCAGGGGAAUAAGAGGCUCUCUUACCAAGACUUCUCCCAGACAUUGUCUAGCUCUAUACGGGCCAUCCUAGAUACGAGCUUGAUCUCGGACCGGACGAUACACAUACGUGCCUUGUGCAUGCUAUCACUGUAUGCCCAGCCUUCAGGUGCUGAUGAAGCAGAUUUGCCUGCUCAACUUGGCGCCAGGGCCGCGCACCAUUCGCAGACCCUCGGGCUGCACCUCUUUCACUCCAGCAACGACUCUCUUGAUACCCUUUUUUGCGCUGUUUGGGCACUAGAUCGUAUCAACGCGGCGACCUACGGAAGACCUUGCGUCCUGCACGAGGGUGACAUCGGUCCCGGGCUAGACGACUGUUUCCGCAGACAAGCGCCCUGCUUCCAACUUUUCCUAUCGGUCGUGCAGUGGCUGGAUAAGGUGAUUGAGCUCUAUCGUCCGGGUGUUAUUGCUCAGUCGCUGGAAGCAAAGCCCUUUAUCGAUUUACCAGUCCUCGAGCCUAUGAUCCUCGAAGCCAAUGCGUUGCAGGUUCCCACGCCGCUUCUUGCCACAAUAGAGGUCUUCUACCACGCCGUAAUCAUCCUCUCAUGCCGCUUAUCCAGACCAGGACCCCCAGCACAAUACGCGUCAUCAGUACCACCGCCCUCAGCAAACGCACGACGCUCUCUCGCAGCCGAGCGAAUAUCCUCCGCCAUCCGCCGCGAUCACCUCAGCCCGGUCCCUCUCGUCCCAUAUGCCCUCUCUCUAGCCCUCAGCGUCGAGUACCGCAAAAUGCGACACAGUGCCCUUCCCAUGUUCCGCGCCCGCGCCCGCAGCGCAUUCAAGUCCAACUCGGAGCUCAUGAAGCGGUUCGGCGACGUCUUCUGGAGCGCACGGGUCGUCGCGGGACUGGGCGAGCGAAUCCUGCGAGAGAUGGAGCGGGCUGCAAACUCCAUUGCCCAAGAAGGGGGUGCGGCUUUGCCAUCGGCUGCUGCUGUUGUCGACGUACCUGUGAAUGGUAAAAUCGACGAGCCUUUGGUGGUUGACGGGGCACCGGCCGAGCCGCCGUCGGCUCCCUUGGCUCCUGCGUCAACCGCCGAGCUCCCGGCGCUGGAAGCGAUUGACUUUUCGAUUGUCGAUGCGAUGCCGCAUCUAGAUGUCUUUGGCCACUUCGAUCCGAGCUUCAACCUAUCGGCAGUCGAUAACGCUUUGGAGGCUAACCUCGAUAUAGGGCUACCCCUCAACUGGGGUGAGUGGGAUCAAUUUGCUGGUUGA